AUGAGUGGUACAACUAUGAAUGGUAUAACUAUGAAUGGGGUUACUGUUAACGGUGGUUUCCACUCAUCUCAUCCUCCAGAUUUCCACUUUCCUUUUCCUUUUUUCCCUUAUUCUGGUCCUCCACCUCAAUUUUUCCCUUCUUCUUCUUCUCCUCCUCCGCCACAACCACCAACCCCUCCUCCAACCUUGGCUCCUCAACCUCUGGCUUAUUUCUUCCAUCACCCUGUUCCUCCAACCAUGUCUCAUCAUCUAGCUCCUCAUCAACAUCAUCCUCCUCAUUUACUAGCCCCCCAUAAUGUACUAGCUCCUUAUCAACAUCAUCCCCUCUAUCUUUUAAAUAAUCCACAGUUUUCACCUUCCCAUGAUACUUCUUCUCCUGUCUCACAUCCUCACACUUCUGUUUCUAUUUCUCCUUGUUCUAUCUCCGAAACAACCCCUCACCUGGUUUCCAAUAAUUCAACUGCUACUGCCAGCAUGUUGCCUUCGGCUACUACUCUGCCUAGCGGAUUUCGCAAGCAUCACCUUCCAACUGAAAUAACUUUCUAUCAGUUUAUAGAUAUAUUCGAAAUAGCUCUCAUGUUAAUAAACGAUAUUGAGAAAGACGAUCCAGUAGGCAAUAAUCAGGAACACAUCGAGGAUGAGGAUUCAGUAGGUAAUAAUCACGAGGGCUUUGACUCAUCGAAGACCAGGGACAUCUUUGAGUUAAUCAAAAAAAAAGAUGAAACAACUGUAACCAAUAGAGUCAAAGAAACUUUCAUCGGAUUGAAAAAGGUGAAGAUGAAAAAAGCAUGCUUCUUUUCGCUUUUGUACGCAGUGCGAAAGAAGUUUGCGAGGAUAAAUAAAACGGUUUCUAAAGUGGACGACUAUAUGAAAUUCUGGAUUGAAUGCACUUUUUGUAGUGGUAGAAUUACCCAAGUCUGGAAAACUAAAGGCAAUAUGUUCUUAAUCGACUGUAUCAAAAUUCUGAGGUGUCGAUGUGAGGAAGAAGAUAUUGAAAAAACUAACGAUGUGCGUGCUGCAAAAAGAGCUAGAAUAGAAAUCCCGCCACAAAGCCAUACAAUAGACAAAUUCCGGUUCGACGAAAUGUCAACUAUGACUCCUGAGAUUGCCUAA